AUGUCUACUUUUUCGGGGCUCACCACCACCACAUCAAACGCAUCUGGCCGCCAUCCACAUCAACAUGGCGUCGCUCCCAACUUCGACCAUACCAUCGACUCUCCUCCCUCGGAGAGAGAGGGCCAGGUGACCACCGCGGAUUUGGAAAGGACUGGUACGCAUGUCACCGACUUUGAAAAGCAUGCCCAAACCCACACUCCCAACCAGAAUGCAGAACAUGAGCCAGCAACUGCAAACAACGACGAAGACUUCUAUCAGGUGGCGUCGACUGUGGCACCCUCGCACCGCUCCUUUCACAGAGACCCUGUGAGCCGUGUGACGACUGAUGCAGAGGGAAACACCUAUCCCGAAGGUGGGCUGGAAGCCUGGCUGGUCGUGCUGGGAAGCUUCCUGGGCCUUUUUGGCUCGCUGGGACUCGUCAACACCAUCGGUACUUUCCAAGCGUACAUCGAGACUCACCAGCUGAAAGACUACAGCUCCGGCAGUAUCGGAUGGAUUUUCGGCAUGUACGCCUUCCUGACCUUUUUCUGUGGCGUGCAGAUCGGCCCAAUUUUCGAUGCUCGGGGACCUCGCUUGCUUGUUCUGGCGGGUUCUGUCUGCGAGAUGGCGAUGAUUAUCCUCGUGGGAUUCUGCACCCAGUAUUGGCAUUUCAUGCUGGUGAUCGGUGUUCUCGGCGGACUGGGUGCGACUUUGAUAUUCACCCCUGCCAUCUCGGCCAUCGGUCAUUACUUCUUCGAAAAGCGUGGAGUCGCAACAGGCAUUGCUGCAACCGGCGGCUCAAUUGGAGGUAUCGCGUUCCCAUUGAUCCUGCAAAGCCUUUUCCCCAAGAUUGGAUGGGGCUGGGCGACCCGCGUCGUAGCGCUGAUCUGUCUGAUCGCCUUUGGAUUCGCCAACCUCCUCAUUCGAUCCCGCCUGCCCAAGCGGCCCUUCAACAAGGAGAACAUCCUCCCGGACUUCCGGAUCUUCCGCGAGCCGCGCUUCGCACUGACGACCGCCAGUGUCUUCUUUAUCGAGUGGGGUCUUUUCGUGCCGAUCAGUUACAUCUCUUCCUAUGCCCUCGACCAUGGAUUCCCCACGGCACUAUCAUACCAGAUCGUAGCUAUCCUGAACGUCGGCUCGUUCUUCGGAAGAUGGCUUCCGGGAUUCUUUGCGGAUUAUCUCGGUCGGUUCAACACGCUAAUCGCGACCGUGGCUCUUUGCUUGCUGUGCAAUGCAUGCCUAUGGCUCCCUGCUGGAGACAGCCUAGCAUUGCUAAUCGUCUAUGCCGUACUCUUUGGCUUUGCCAGUGGAAGUAACAUCAGUUUGACGCCAGUCUGCGUCGGUCAGCUUUGCAAGACCGAGAAUUACGGCCGAUAUUACGCAACCGCCUAUACCAUUGUGAGCUUCGGAACUUUGACUGGUAUCCCCAUUGCCGGUGAAAUCCUGUCGCGCUGCAAUGGACAGUACUGGGGUCUUAUUGCAUUCACCACUGUUUGCUACGCGGCCGGUCUGGCCUGCUGCACGGCUGUCAAGGUCAUCCAGGUUGGCUGGCGUCGUCCACUGGCUAUUUACUAG